AUGAACACGGGGAAGAUCUGUUGCCUGGUGCUGCUGACCCUGGGGGUGCUGGUGGUGGUUGUGACACUUGUGGUCACCCUGACUCAACCCAAGUGCGGUCCCCAGCACUACCUGCACGGUGCCGUGGCUGCUGACACCGAGACCUGCUCUGCCAUCGGUCGGGACAUCCUGAAAAGUGGAGGCACAGCGGUGGAUGCAGCCAUUGCUGGCUUGAUCUGCACCUCGGUGAUGAACCCCCAGAGUUCAGGCCUGGGUGGUGGGGUCAUAUUUACCAUCUAUAAUGCCAGCACAGGAAGAGUCGAGGUGAUCAACGCCCGUGAGACAGUCCCACGGGAGUCUCCACGCAAUUUAUCGUAUGACUGUGGUACUGGUUUCCCCAUUGGUUCGCGCUGGAUCGCUGUGCCAGGAGAGCUCCGUGGGUACGAAGCAGCCCAUAAGCGUUACGGACGCUUACCAUGGAAAGCCCUGUUUGAACCAACCAUCAAACUCCUUUCAGAGCCACUUGUCAUUUCCCCAGUGUUGUACAAAAUAAUCCAUCACCCAGCCUUCUCCGGUCCAGGAAAAAGCCUGUGCCCACUGCUGUGUGAUGGUCAAGGGUUUCUGAAGCUUGGAGAGACCUUCAGGUGGCCAGCACUGUGGCGAACACUGCAAACUGUGGCAGAACAUGGAGCUACAGCAUUUUAUGAAGGGCAAAUAGGAGAGGCACUGGUGGAGGAUGUUAGGAAAGCUGGGUCCAGUCUCUCGCUGGAGGACCUUCGGGCGUACAAAGCAGAGGUGUCCUCAGCUCUGAACAUCACCCUCAACAACCACACCACAGUGUUUGCUCCAGGACCACCCAUGGGAGGGGCAGUGCUCAUGUUCAUCCUCAAGGUAUUAGAAGAGUAUAAACUCCAUGAAGCAUCACUGGCGACACCCGAGGAGAAGGUAGAAACCUACCAUCGCAUUGCAGAGGCCUUGAAGUUUGGCAACAUGCUAAAACCCCACAUGACUGACCCAGCCUUCUCUGAAGCUCAGGCGACUGUGGGGACCAUGCUGUCUGACAAGCUUGUUGAGCUUGCCAGGCACCGAAUAGAUACUCGUGGUGACCACCCACUCAACCAUUACAACUUGUUGGAGUCUGUCUACAAUGACAAAUACAAAAGUAUGGGCACAAGCCACAUCUCUGUGCUUGCUGCAGAUGGCAGUGCCGUGUCUGCCACCAGCACCAUCAACUACCCGUUUGGCUCCUUUGUAUAUUCAAACCAAACUGGGAUCAUUUUAAAUAAUGAACUUGCUGAUUUCUGCAUAGCAAACAGAAACAUUAACCCAGGAGAAAAGCCUCCCUCAGCAAUGGUGCCUUCCAUCGUCAUCUCCAAGUCAGGAGACAUGCUGGUGAUUGGAGGAGCAGGUGGGGCCUGGAUUAUCAGUGCUACUAGCAUGGCAGUUAUAAACAAGCUGUGGUUUGGCUAUGACUUGGAACACGCCAUUUCAGCUCCUGUCAUGCACACUGAUGGGGACAGGAUCCUGUUUGAGGAUCAUUUCAGUGAGGAGAUUAGGAAUGGCCUGCUGGGAAGAGGACAUAAAGAAAAGAAAGAUAAAUUGGCACUGAAUGUUGUGCAGGGAAUUUCCAGGGAAGGAAAAUGCAUCUCUGCUUACUCUGAUAAAAGGAAGCUGGGGAAGUCAGCUGGAUAUUAG